AUGUCCAAAUCACAUAGGUCCAAGCACAGCGGCUCGAGCCGUGGAAGAGGAAGCUCUGGGAGUCAGGCAGCAGCUCAAGUGAGCUUCCUCUUUGUUGUCAACAAGCUGAUAAUUGGAGAGCCAGAGUUAGACGACUAUCACCAUUACAUUCCACCACGAUCGCCAGCUGGGUACUCGGGUGAGCGUCCGAGCAAGGUGAUGCGGUACUCUGACGGCGAAGUCUCAGAGGCUUGGGGAUAUCACUGGUAUCGGGAAGACCAAUUCCCGGCUGGACAGCUCCUCCGCCUCGACCAACAAGGCAAUUUUAUCGUGAACCCAGAGACAGGAUAUUGCAUCAACGCCCCUGAGUACAGGACCUUUUCCGUCGCUGCUUGCAACCCCUUACUCCCUAUCUUGGUCACCGACACGGACCCCCUCAUUCAGGAAACGGGCAGCUGGGACCUUUUGCGCCUCUUCCACCCCCGAGACAGCCCCGGCAUCUCCCAAGUGGUCACACUCGAAAGCCCCAUGAGAGACGGGGGUGGUCCAGUCCGCUAUGUUGCUGGCAAGUCACCCAGCUGGAUGCCCGGUCUCUUGCCCAAGACAUACCGUUCGCCCAACUCCAACGCUCCAGAGUCACAGGGUCUAGGAGGAGAGUUGCCCAUCAUCCUGGGGUUGAUGGCGCUCAGCUCCAGGAAGGAUCCUAACAGCAACGAUCUCACGAACCAGCUGUUCCUGGAGCGGAAUCUGUGGCAGCAAAAUGCGUGGCAUGGCGACGCACCAAGGGGUUAUCCAGACACUGCCCAGGACGACCCCUGUGCCUUUCUCGUCAAGGUGUUUAUGGACCCAGAGAAUCCGAAUAGCACAGCCCAGCGCCUCAAGUGGUUUGAGUGGAAUACCCCUAUUGUCCGCGAGUCGUCUGGUAGAUCACAGUGA